AUGUCAGCAUCGACCUCCGCCCUCGAUCUCACCUCUAAUAACAAAACCAAAGACCUCUUCAACACAGCCCUCCAAGCGCGCAACCCUCACAACGCAUACAUCGCCCAUCUCAAAAUCUGGGAACAAGUUGCCUCUGAAGCCCCUGAACCUUCCAGCCUCUCCUCCUCAAAAAAAGCACGCUACCUAAUCCUCGCCGUCCAAAAAGAUGCAGGCCGGGUAACCAUCAACAAAGCAAAACGCAAUGCCAACGGUUCUUUCAGCAUCGGUAAAGAUUGGGAUCUCAACAUCUUGCGCCAAGUCCACGUAAUCCAACCGGAUGUGUUCAGUAUUACGCUCACGAGACCGUAUCAGUGGCAAACGCAGCAGCCGGUGGAACAGCAGUUGUUUUUGCAGAGUCUGGUCAAGGUUUAUAGGAAGUAUACGCAGGAUGAUGGGCCGAGGUUGGUGGGGAUUCAUGUUCCAUUAGCGGGCAGUGGAGGGGCGGCCGAAUCGGCAAAUCUUUCGGAUAGACAGGGCAGUGACGCGUCCAGACCUAGCUCGAGUAAUGGUACUACUGCUGCUGCUGCGCCGAUGAUCAAGGCUUCGACAGUGCCCAGCAGUAGGCCCUCGCCUACGAGAAGCAAUUCGAACGACAGCAGAGACGGUCGUAGUAACGGCGGCAGUCCAACCAAAAGCAAACGCGAAGGGGGGUUGCAGCUUAGUCCUCUACGAAGACCUAUAGAGUUACCUUCACAUCCUUCUGCUGAUUCUGCCCGUUCUGCUGCUUCUUCGGCGACAAACUCUUCUGCUCCACCCAGACAGCAACCACCAUCGUCAGGAACAGGGACAACAAGUUUGGCAGUUCCGGGACGACAACCGCCUCAACGUCAGAAGAGUGAUUCGCUGAACGUCCGGGGUGGAGGCGAUGCUAGGGCUAGGUUGAGUUCGAUCGAACCAGUUCGAGGAGGUGCUGCGUAUGAGAGGAUGUUGUUGGCUGGAACCGGGUUGAGUGGUGUUACUGAAGUCGAUGAUGAUGAGGCAGCGGAAGAGGACGAAGAUCCGUAUGGAGGAGCAGUUGUUUCCGAAAAAGAAACUCCUGAUACAUCCUUCAACUCCAAACGUGCAACACUUGGUCGACCGGCAAUCGCUCGCUUAGACACGGACAAAACCCGCCUCACCCAACAAUCCAAAACCGCCAACCCAGACUCCGAUGAGGACCAAGACGAAAACUCAACCCUAGUCGCAGUCGAAGAGAUGCUUGAGGGCUUAGAAUGGCGAAAUGCCAGCUCUAAAGGUUAUGGUGUAGCAGCGGGGAAGGGGACAGCGGAUAUGAUCGAAGCACGUUUACUGGAUGAGUUGUCAGCGCUGGAAUCGGCCAACAUCCAUGCGAUUAUUGAGUCGGACGAUCGAGUAGCGUUGGUGGUGAAGCAUAUGGAAGAAGCACUGGCGGAUUUGGAUAUGAUGGAUAGUAUGAUAGCCGGUUUCAAAGUUCAACUCAACUCGAGGGCUGAUGAUAUUUCCCACAUCGAAUCGCAGAAUCGUGGGUUGCAAGUUCAUACUUCGAACCAGCGAACGCUGAUGGGAGAGAUCGAAAACCUGAUCAACACCAUCAAUGUGGACGAGGAUGCCAUUCAUACACUUUCGGCUGGGAGAUUGGAGAAUCCGGAUGGAGUGGCACGACUCGAAACUGCUGCUGCAUCGCUCUAUAAAUCGAUGCUCCAGGCUAGGAGAGAUGGCGAUGGGGGGGGAGGAGGAGCAGAUAUGGCAGCUGCUGCUGAAAGAUUAGCUGAUCACGAAGCGAUUUCUUCUCGAUUCUGUAAACGUGUACUGGACUAUCUCAACAUUACUUUCUCUGCUGAGACGCAACGACUUCUUUCUGAUCCAACACGACAGAAAGCUCUACAACCACCGCAUCCAACCUUACCGGACCAUGGAUCGAUGGAGAAGACUCUGGGGCAGUACUGCGGUCUUUUGCUGUACAUGAAAGAAGUUUCCUCCGCCACGUUCUCUCGGGCUUCUGCGGCGUACUUUGCUUCUGCUAGCGAAUGCUACCGAGCGGAAAUGGCGCAGUUGUUCGGUGCGUAUCGGAAGCAGCUUAGGAAGGCAAGCGAUGAAGACUUGGCAGAAGCGUCUUUCCUCCCCACUCCCUCUUCGACUGCUGGAGUGGCGAUUAGAAGUGGUACAAUCCGACGUGUUGCCCGUAAUCAAACCCUUCGCAACGGCGCCGGGAGGGAAAAAAGUGAUGUCUCAGCGCAAGACGGACUGCAACGGAUCCUAGGAAGCAUAAUCCCCGUCUUGCUUCGAGAACAAACCUUCAUCUCAGACUUCUUACACAUCAACGAUAAUAACAUCACCUAUGCGGACUACAUGGAUCUCGAACCCUACUUUCGUCGUCGUGCCGCCGCCAUUUUCACCCCCAACACCACCAAAUCAGGACCUUUGAGGGAGAUGAAAGGUGCAAUGGAUCUCAUCUUUGGUUUUAUCGCUCCGGAACUUCAGACCUUUACUGAUGAAGCACUCUCCAAAGACCGGAUGAGUAUAGUAGGAUUGUUGGCUACGUUGGAUAGGGGGAUUAUUGAGGCGGAAGAAGUUAGUUGUGAGAGCUUGCAAAAGGUGUUGGCGAAGUUGCAUUUGAGAUUGGCUAGUCAAUUGGAAAGGUUUGUCGGGGAACAGGUCAAGGCGAUUGAACAGACGAAAUUGACGGUUAAGAAGAGGAAAGGUGUCGUUGGGUUUAUGCGGGUUUUCCCCAUCUUUGUGGAUAGGGUGGAAGCGCAGAUGGUUAAUGCAGAGGGUUUGAAUAUUAGGACGGCGGUGGAUGGGUAUUAUGGGCUAAUUUGUGGGAGUAUGUUUGAUGCUCUUCAGACGAUAUCACGGGCUGAUGUUAGUAGUGCGGCGGGUGGGGAUGAGGAUAAGGGUCAACUCAAUCACCUUGUGAUCCUGAUAGAGAACAUGUUUCAUUUCGUACACGAGGUCAGGAAGCGUUCGAGUCGAACAACUUCUCUCGCAGGGUUAGUGAAGAGAGCGGAAGGGAUCUACACCGAUUCGUUGACCUCCUAUACCCAAUUUGUUCUGCGUCGACCGUUGGGAAGGCUGAUGGACUUUGGUGACGGUCUCGACGCCCUCCUCCGCAGCACACCGGCAAACGAAGUCUCCCUGCACUCCGCCUAUUCCAAGUCUUCAUAUAAGAAACUGGUGAAGGACUUCGGGGGAAAGGAUACGAGGAAAGCAGUUGAAGCACUCGCCAAGAGAGUUGGGAAACAUUUCGGUGAUGACGACGACUCUCCAACUGCUGGAGAGGAAGGAGGUGAAGGAGAGACGGAAGUGCUUCGGAAAGUUUGGACGAGUUGCGAAGAGGGAUUUGUCAAGGAGUUUGAUAGGAUUCAUAGGUUAGGAACGGAUUGUUAUCCUGAUGUAGGGGCAUCGCUGGAACUGAGCGGAAACGAACUCAGGCGGUUGUUUGCUACUUUGGCUCCCAAACGUCCGUAA